GCUGCACAGAGCGUGCGCGGUCCGCACGCGGUUCCGGGUCUUGGUGUUGGGCUCGGCGAUCUGCGGGUGUGGGGCUCGGCUGUAAAGUUUAGGAAGUUGCUUCUGUCUCUCUGGCUCCCGAGUCGCCCGCCUUGCCACGCAGAGGUGGCCGGGGAGCUGGCGGCUGGGCCAAGUGGGGAGUGGCAGCGCCGGGGUUCGAACUCGCCCGAGCGCUAGGCGAGGCGUCGCAGGCCCGAGAUGAGCCAGUCUUUGGUUUGCCCCGAAACCGUGAGCAGGGUGAGUUCUGUGCUUAAUCGAAACAGCCGGCAAUUUGGGAAGAAACAUCUUUUUGACCAGGAUGAGGAGACAUGCUGGAACUCUGACCAGGGCCCCUCCCAGUGGGUGACACUCGAGUUUCCCCAGCGUGUUCACGUCACGCAGCUGCAGGUGCAGUUCCAGGGCGGCUUCUCCAGUCGCCACAGCUACCUGGAAGGUUCACAGUCUGGGGACACACUCAGCAAGAUUGUGGACUUCUACCCUGAGGACACAAACGCCCUUCAAACCUUCUCCAUCCCCACUGUGGAGGUGGACAGACUGAAGUUGACCUUUGAGGACACCACCGACUUUUUUGGCCGUGUGGUCAUCUACCACCUGCGGGUGCUGGGUGAGAAAGCAGUGUAAGAGCUACCGGCGGCCACUUCCUCCAGGAAGCCCCCCUGAACACCCAGAAGCCCUUCAAGUUCACAGAUUUAUUGGUUCCUGUUGGGGAGGGCCCUCUGCCACCACUGUCCAGGAGCUGCCUCAAGCCAGUUGUGGGAGACUGGUUUAUUCCCUGAGUGCCUGGGUUCCCAAUAGGCUGUCUUCACUCAGGGUCUGCAGGCCCCAGAGUACUCUGGAACAGUUUCAGGAUAUGGGUCUCCAUCACCUGUUGCACUGUGGGAGGAG